AUGGAUUCCAAUUCUCUUGAAUUACACAAACGUUAUCGAUUUGACAAGAAAGAUACAACAACAUCAAUCGAUAGUAAUGAAUCCAAUGAUCAUGACAACAACGAUGAUUAUGCCCUAUUAUUGAAUAAGCGAUAUCGUUUUGAUAAACGUUAUCGAUAUGACAAAAAACGAUCGAAUUUCGAUGUUAUCAAUAAACGAUAUCGUUUUGACAAACGUUACCGAUUUGAUUAA